AUGGCACUUAGGGUGGUCAUUUAUGCUACCAUUCACAUAGAUUUAGGGGAUUAUGAUGUAAACACAAUACCAAGAUUUCCCCAUACAUUUCAGAUAGAGCGAGCCAAGAUCCGUGUGGAACACAUUAUUCGCGAGGACUACUUGGUGGAGGCCAUGGAGGUUACAGAAAUGUAUUGUGACCUACUCCUUGCUCGCUAUGGUCUCAUCCAGCAAAUGAAAGAUCUUGAUGAGGGUCUUGCUGAGGCGAUUUCGUCACUCAUCUGGGCUGCACCAAGACUCCAAACAGAUGUUGCAGAACUGAAGCUUAUUGCUGACCAGUUAACUCUUAAAUAUGGAAAGCCCUAUGGCCAGGCUUGUCGAGAGCAACAAGUUGCAACAAUAAGUGAACGGCUAAUCCACAAGCUUGGUGUGCAAGCUCCACCUAAAGUGCUAGUGGAGAAAUAUUUGGUUGAAAUUGCAAAAAAUUAUAAUGUGGAGUAUGAACCUGAUCCUCAGGUGAUGCGUGAAGAGGAGUGGGGACAAGACCCACUGAUUAGCUUGGAUGAAAAAAAUAACCUUGGAAAUGAUGGUGCAUCAGGUGGUGGCUACAGUGGCAGCGGAGGUGGCAUGAACAUCCCUCCAACAGGAUUUAUAGGCUACCCUCCUCAGCCCAUGGCCCCACAAGCUUUUGCUUAUCCAACUCCAGUGAGUACCCAACAUCUGUGGGCUUGUUUCACAAGUAUAGUGGAUACUACAUGACUAAUUCACUUGCAA